UAUGAUCAUGGAAGGAGAAGAAUCAGAUGAUAAAAAAUUGUAAGAGAAACUUGGACACAUUCUCUCCAUGUUUAAUGUCAGGAUGGUUUUCAAUAAAUCCAAAGCUUUCCAGUCAUUAGAUGAAGAGUAACAGCUGUUGCAGAACCCAAGAUCUCACGAGCUUACAAAAAACUAAUCCCAUAUUUUAAUCACACAAACUCGCAUUAAUCUUCUCAGACCUCUCUCCUUGUAUAUCAGUCUCUCCUUUCCCACCCACUACCUCCUAUACCUCUCUAAUCUCCUGUUGUGAUUUAGUAAUGAGAAUGGCUGAAAACUAAAGAUAGAAAGAAAGAGGAGAAGAACAUGGAAAUGCAGACCCAAUUGCUGUUCUUCUUCUGUUAUAUUUGCCUUUCUCUUGUUUUGAUCACAGAGACGGCGCCCAUUGUUGUAUCAAACGAUGAAGUGUCGGCCUUAUUAUCGAUAAAGAAGAGCCUUAUCGAUCCAAUGCAACACCUCCAAGACUGGAAGCUGCCAACCAGUGUGUCUGCAGAUCACUCAAUCCACUGCAAUUGGACUGGAGUUUGGUGCAACUCUAAUGGUGCUGUUGAGAAGCUUGAUCUCUCCAACAUGAACCUCAGUGGCAGUGUAUCCAAUAACAUCCAAUGGCUACACAGUCUCACUGACCUCAACAUUUGCUGCAACGGGUUCUCAUCAUUGUUGCCAGAAUCUAUAUCCAAUCUUACCCAACUCAAGUAUUUUGAUGCCAGUCAGAACAACUUCAUGGGUGGAUUCCCAGCAGGUCUUGGCAGACUUGCAGGACUUGCAAUUGUCAAUGCAUCCAGCAACAACUUCUCAGGUCUUCUCCCUGAAGACCUUGGAAAUGCGACAUCACUGGAGAGCCUAGAUUUCAGAGGGAGCUUCUUUGAAGGUUCGAUCCCUAUAUCUUUCAAGAAUUUGAAGAAAUUGAAGUUCCUUGGUCUUUCAGGUAACAACCUCACAGGGCAAAUACCAGGAGAGCUUGCGGAGCUUUCAUCACUAGAGACUAUCAUUCUUGGAUACAAUGGGUUUGAAGGUGGACUUCCAGCAGAGUUUGGUAGUCUCACCAAUCUUCAGUAUCUCGACUUGGCGGUUGGAAGUCUCAGCAAUGAGAUUCCAGCUGAAUUAGGAAAGCUGAAGAAACUGAAAACAGUGUUCUUAUACAAUAACAACUUUAAGGGAAGGAUUCCACCCCAAAUUGGGAACAUUACAUCGUUGGAGUUAUUGGAUCUUUCCAAUAACCAGUUCUCGGGAGCAAUUCCAGCUGAGUUAGCUGAUCUGAAGAAUCUUCAACUAUUGAAUCUGAUGUGCAACCAAUUGACAGGUUCAGUUCCGAUUGGGCUCGGUGAUCUUGCACAAUUGAAGGUCCUGGAGCUCUGGAACAAUUCUUUGACAGGUCCUCUGCCAAUGAACCUUGGGCAGAAUUCAUCACUGCAAUGGCUGGAUGUAUCAUCAAACUCAUUCUCUGGUGAGAUUCCUCCUGGUUUAUGCAAUGGUAACAACCUUACCAAACUCAUUCUCUUCAACAAUGCAUUCUCAGGUCCAAUCCCAACUGGACUAUCAUCAUGUCUCUCAUUAAUCCGACUUAGGAUGCAAAACAAUGUUAUUUCUGGAACCAUUCCACCUGGACUAGGAAAGCUUGAGAAGCUUCAACGUUUGGAGUUAGCCAACAAUAGUCUCACUGGUGAAAUACCAGGUGACAUCUCCUCAUCAAUGUCACUUUCAUUCAUUGACUUCUCCCAAAAUCAUCUACAAUCAUCUCUUCCUUCCAGCAUUCUUUCAAUACCAAAUCUUGAAAAUUUCUUGGCUUCCAACAAUAACUUGGAAGGUGAAAUCCCAGAUCAAUUCCAGGACUGCCCAAACCUUGCCGUGCUUGAUCUAUCAGCAAACCGUCUCACCGGAAGCAUUCCAGCAAGUAUUGCCUCAUGUGAGAAGCUGGUGAAUCUGAACCUUGGGAACAACCAGCUUACAGGAGAGAUUCCAACAGAAAUCGCAAUGAUGCCCACAUUAGCCAUUCUUGAUCUGUCCAACAAUUCUCUUACUGGUAUGCUACCAGAUAACUUUGGUAGCUCACCAGCCUUAGAGAUGCUCAAUGUGUCCCAUAAUCAGCUUGAGGGUCCUGUUCCCACAAAUGGCAUUCUGAGGACAAUAAGCCCAGAUGAUCUUACAGGCAAUGCUGGUCUCUGUGGUGGGAUUCUCCCUCCAUGUUCUCAAAGCUACCAAACAAAAUCGUCAAGCAGAAGGAUGAUGCACAUCAAACACAUAAUUGCAGGAUGGCUUAUCGGAAUUUCAUCCGUUCUCGCUAUUGGGUUUGCAGUUUUUGGUGGACGAAAGUUGUACAAGACAUGGUAUUUCAAUGGAAGCUGCUUCAGAGAUAGAUUCGAUAUAGGCAAUGGAGAGUGGCCUUGGAGAUUGAUGGCAUUUCAGAGACUUGGGUUCACAAGUAAUGACAUAGUAGCAUGUAUUAAGGAAUCAAAUGUGAUUGGUAUGGGUGCAACUGGGAUAGUCUACAAAGCAGAGAUUCAACGGCCACAUACAGUUGUAGCUGUUAAAAAGCUGUGGAGGUCAGGAGCUGAUAUAGAUAUUGAGGCAGGAAGCACUGAUGAUAUGGUGAGAGAAGUGAAUCUCCUAGGAAGGCUUCGACAUAGGAACAUAGUGAGAUUACUGGGCUAUGUUCACAAUGACACUAAUGUGAUGAUGGUAUAUGAGUACAUGCAAAAUGGCUGCCUUGGGGAGGCAUUAUAUGGCAAACAGGCCGGCAAAUUGUUAGUCGACUGGGUGUCACGAUAUAAUGUCGCCGUCGGUGUCGCCCAUGGGCUUGCCUACCUCCAUCAUGACUGCCACCCAUCAGUCAUCCACCGAGAUGUUAAGUCUAACAACAUAUUGCUUGAUGCAAAUCUAGAGGCAAGAAUUGCUGAUUUUGGAUUGGCAAAGAUUAUGGUUCAGAAGAACCAGACGGUAUCGAUGGUCGCCGGAUCCUACGGAUACAUCGCUCCUGAAUAUGGAUACACACUGAAGGUAGAUGAAAAAAGUGACAUAUACAGCUAUGGUGUUGUACUUAUGGAGCUUCUUACUGGGAAAAAGGCCCUAGACCUUGAGUUUGGUGAAUCUAUUGACAUUGUAGAAUGGGUUCGUGGGAAAAUUAGAAACAACAGAGCAUUAGAAGAAUCACUAGACCAAAGCAUAGGUAGUCAGUGCAAACAUGUUCAAGAAGAGAUGCUUUUAGUCCUUCGUAUCGCACUUCUGUGUACUGCCAAGUCCCCAAAGGACAGACCUUCAAUGAGAGAUGUUAUAACAAUGCUCGGAGAGGCGAAGCCCAGGAGAAAAAGCAGUAGCAGUACUUCUGGCACAAAUGCUAUCAAAGAUAAACCAAUCUUUAGUACCUCACCUUUAACAGCCCUUCUGUAAGAGCAUAAGCCCUGUUUCCUCUGGCUGUUCUUUUGUUUAAUUCUCCUUUUGUAUGUAGCUUUUCUCUUUCUUUUUCAUUCUUUUUUUCCCCCCUCUUUCCCCAUUAAUGUAUGUAUCAUCAAUCAGGUUGGUGU